ACAAGUUAUCAAUGAUGAAAGCCAGUCAUUUGGGAUUUGUUUUCAUGAUUUUUUACUCGGUUAAUUGCCAGGAGAAUAGUUUACCACUUGCAGGACAAGAUUACAUCCUCCGAAGCUGUAUCUCAACAGCAGAAUUGGUGAGGACCCAUCGAAAGGCGGGAGCUGCUGAUAAAAUGAUAUCAACAAAUAAUGUAGCAGAAGCCAGUGGAUUGCACGAGAGUUUCCCACCUUCGAAGGGAAUUACGAAUCCCAGUGGACGAGAAAAGCGGCGAAAGAUCGAAGAUACUCCUUUGAGCACCCUCAACAUCCGCAGGGCAAGCAAAAGCCAGCCUCCCCUACCUUUCAUGGGAAAAUUAAUCUUCCCAGAGGUUUCAACAGCCAGAACUCGUCAGCAGAAACGCCAGAGAGAGUCCGAAAUCAUCAUUAUCAAACCAAAAGAUUGAAACUUAGUGUCUCAUUUUCUUCGUGAAUAUUGUUUUUAAUUCUUACAAAGUAUCUAUUAAUUAAUAAUGAUGGUUGUACUUCUUUUUGUAAAUUAGAAAAUUAACUGGGGGGUUUACUAACGGUCUCUGGCAACCUCUGA